AGUGGACAUGACAGCUGAGCCAAAUAAUUUCUCAUGAGUCGGAAAAUGUUAUUAUUUCUAUAUUAUUAUCAGUUUGAGUGAUUAUCAAUAAUACAUAUCUUGCUGUGCUUCAAAAACUUGACAGGAAAUCAAAAAAUAUUAUUACACCUGAAACAUUGCAAGCUGAACAAAUAUUUAAAUAUGUGUUGAUCAAAGAAGAGGAUAACUGCUAAAAACUCUUAUCAACAUAACAUUCACAACUGUUGUAUUUAUUAAUCACUACUAAUUAGUACAAAAUGUCGGCGUUACUAACAGCGGACUGGUUUAUGUUGGACUCCUAUUACAGGAAAAUAGACCUGUACAACAUGACUUGGACAAUGGAUGAGGAUCUCGGCAACAUGGUUGUGAGUGGUGCUCCAUAUGGAGGUCCCAUAGCCAUGGUGCGGGAUAGGAAGCAGAUGGUGCGAGUCAUGGGCGUUGCUAAACCAGUCAUCACCAUAUUCAAUGGUGUUGGAAGUGUUAUAGCUAAGAUUCUGUGGAACAGCGGAGUGCUGGUCCACAUGGGAUGGUCUGAUGGUGAGCAGCUGCUCUGCAUCCAAGAGAGUGGAGAUGUUCUCAUCUAUGACAUGUUUGGAGCCUACCAGAAAACCUUCAAUAUGGGGCAGGAAGUUAGAGAUACUAAGGUAUGUAAAGCCCAGCUGUUCCCGAACCCGCGCGGCGUGGGUCUCGCCGUCAUCACCUCCACCAACCGUAUGUUCCUACUCAGCAAUGUUUCCGAGCCUAAAGUCAGAUCUGUGCCUGACUUACCACGUGCCAAUGAACCGAUAUCCUGUUGGUGUGCCAUUAGUUCUGGUUUCCUUGUGUGCAGGGAUAAAGAAAUCUACAAGUGCCAGUUGGGCGAGUCCAGAGCAGUACUUAUGCGUUUCGACAUUCAAAAUUCGUACACACAAAUACUGUCUAUAGUAGCAUCGCAGAACGGAAAGCAUGUGGCCUUCUUCACCGACUCCGGUAUCCUUUGGAUCGGAUCCGCUGACUUCGAGACUAAAACCUCAGAAAUUGAUACUGGAUAUAUAAAACAGCCUAAGGAAUUAAUGUGGUGCGGUACAGAAGCUGUAGUCGCCCAUUGGGACGACACGAUGUGGAUAUACGGGUCUAAGGGCAACAAACAAGACUUCCUCUACGACGGACCCUUCCAUCUUAUACAAGAGAUGGAUUGCGUUCGAGUUGUCUCCGAAUCGACACAUGAACUCGUGCAAAAAGUCCCGCAAGUUGUCGAGAAAAUAUUUAGGAUUAAUAGUACGGCCGCUGGCUCGUAUUUACUUGAAGCUUCAAGGCAAUUCCAGAACCACAGCCACAAAGCCGACGAAUACAUAAGACUAGUGAAACCAGAUCUGUUCACCGCCGUACAAAACUGCAUAGAGGCGGCCGCCUUCGAGUUCCACCCCGACGUACAGAAGAUGCUGAUCAGGGCCGCGCAGUUCGGCAAGUGCUUCAUCAUGGACCCUGAGCUAACCAACUUCUAUGUGAAGAACUGUCGCUGGUUAAGAGUGUUGAAUGCCGUCAGGGACCCCAAAGUGGCCAUACCGUUGACUUCUGUUCAAAUGGGCAACCUAGGUGAGCGAGUGCUUCUAGACAGGUUAAUAUGGCGGCGUCUGCACUGCCUCGCGGAACACAUCGCCUCGUACCUGCAGCUGAAGGAUGGCAGGACGAGGGUACUCUCACAUUGGGCGUGUUACAAGGUAACACAACCGCACUUGGACAAUGAGAGUGCGGCGCGAGAGAUCGGAGAGAAGCUCCGCAACGUGCCCGGCAUCUCCUACACUACCAUCGCUAUGAAAGCAGCAGAGAAAGGACGGAAGGCACUCGCUAUUAAAAUAUUGGAGUAUGAAACUCACAGUAAGCUUCAAGUACCAUUACUGUUGUCAUUGGGAGAAGGUUCUAUCGCAUUAUUGAAGGCAACCGCCAGCGGAGACACGGACUUGGUGUACAUAGUGCUGUUACAUCUCAAGGAGAAGAUGGGGAAACGAGACUUUGAACUAACAAUCCGCAGUUACCCGCUCGCUCACGCCCUCUACAUAAAGUACUGCGCGAACAACAACCGCGAGGCUCUCCGACAGGUGUACGUCCAGGAGGACGACUUCCACGGACAGGCCACCACGCAUAUCAAGGACGCCAUCGAUCAGACCAACCCUGGGAGUAUCGAGGCCUCGCUUAUUUCCGCUAGGGAGUGUUACAAGAAGGGGAAGAAUGAUUUAGGUGUAACAGUAUGUGAAGACGCUCGCAAGCUCUGCAAACAGCAGUCAACUCUACAAGAGACGUACGGCCGCGGCUACAUCGGCCUGUCCCUACACGACACCGUCAGAAAGCUGCUCGAACACGGCGAGAUCAAGCUUGCGGAUAAACUGCGCUCCGAGUAUAAAAUGCCUGAUAGAAGAUAUUGGUGGUUACGUAUACUAACGUUAGCUGAGAAAGACGACUGGACGGAACUAGACAAGUUCUCCAAGUCGAAGAAGUCUCCAGUAGGGUACGAGCCCUUCGUGGACGCCUGCCUCAAGUACUGCAAGCAUGACGAGGCGCUCAAGUACCUGCCGCGCUGCAGUGACGAUAUCAAAGUUAAAUAUUAUGUCAAGGCUGGGUUCUACGAAGAAGCGGCUGAAGUGGCGUUUGAACAGAAGGACGAGAGCGCUCUACUGUUCGUACAAAACAAGUGUCCUCAAAACGAAUACUCCAAACACGCGAAAAUAACCUCUCUACUUGAAAGACUAGCUACCAAAAAGUGAAACACCCUGUAUUAGUAAAAAAGUAAUGAAUUUUUAUAUAAUUUAUAAACUGAAGGGCCAUCCACCACCUUUUUAUGAUAAACUGUAGUUGUGGAAUAGAGAUGCCGCUCUUGCCGUGUUGUUGUCUCGCUUCUAUAACUGCAAUUCUUACUUUACAAAGGCCCCACUAAUUAUUUAUGCAAAAGUGUUAAAACAAUUUAUAAGUUCCUUCGUCGAAAAGAUGGAUGGUGUUAUAUAUCUGCUUAGUAUUUUAAUUGUAUAGGUAAUUAUAAUAUUUUGCAAAUUAUCAUAAUAUAUAAUUGCGAAUCAUAAAAUUCGCUAAUGACUGCAAUUGUUCAUAAUUUUAAGAAUAUGUAUAUUUGUUUUCAGUUGUCAUUCCAUUACCCAAUGACUUGCAUAUAUAAGAGUGUUUAAAUUUAGUAUUAUUGAAUAAACCUUAUAUUACUUGUAUGCCAUACUCGGUAUCAAUUUUAAAAAAUAUACGAAAAUCGCCAUAUUUUAUAAUCAAUUAAAACAAUAUAUCUAUG